UGUUUAUAACAGAACAACCCGAAUAAGGUAAUCUCCAGACAUCUUAGGUUCCAUCGAAUGUUAUUCUUCUUUAAUAUUUGAUUAUUAAAAGUACUUGAAUUAGAUGCUUUUCCCGUUUCUCGGGUUUAGCCAUUUGCGUACGGAUAAGGUUUAGAAGAAGAGGAAGGACCUACUACUAAAACUACUGCUUGAACUUUUGGCGGGCACAAACGGUCACUUUCAAUGAUGCUUGCUGUUUAGUUCUAUGAGAGAGAGAGAGAAGCCCAAAAGAAGCUGAGAUUGUUUGUCAAGAAGACUUAGGUUUCUGGAGCUGAAGGAGGUUACAGAUCUUCCAUUCAUAUGAAGAGAUCUUUCCUUCUCUCGUAUGUGCUCUUAGUACAUGCAUUCUAUGGUGCUUGGUGCAGCGUUGGAGGCAGCCUGCACUGUGAAUAUUCCAAUUCUCUGACUCUUCACCGGCCUCACAGCGUAUCCAUCACAGAGUUUGGAGCCGUGGGAGAUGGAGUCACACUAAACACUAAAGCCUUUCAGAAUGCUUUGUUCUACCUCAACACUUUCUCUGACAAAGGUGGUGCCAAGCUUUUUGUUCCCGCUGGUCAGUGGCUUACCGGUAGUUUCGACCUUAUCAGUCACCUAACGUUAUGGCUAGACAAGGGUGCAACCAUUCUCGGUUCAACGAACUCGGAGAACUGGCCUGUGGUUGAUCCAUUGCCAUCAUAUGGACGAGGAAGAGAGUUGCCUGGUAGAAGGCAUAGGAGUCUUAUAUAUGGUCAGAAUCUCACAGAUGUUGUCAUCACAGGUGAGAACGGGACAAUAGAUGGUCAAGGAAGUAUAUGGUGGGAUUGGUUUAGAAAUGGAGAGCUAAACUAUACAAGACCUCAUCUUGUUGAGCUGAUGAACUCUACUGGUCUUAUCAUCUCCAACCUCACUUUCUUGAAUUCACCUUUUUGGAACAUUCAUCCUGUUUAUUGCAGAGAUGUUGUUGUAAAGAAUCUCACAAUCUUGGCUCCUCUUGACUCUCCAAACACAGAUGGAGUUGAUCCAGACUCAUCAACUAACGUAUGCAUAGAGGAUUGUUACAUAGUUACCGGAGAUGAUUUAGUAUCGAUAAAAAGCGGAUGGGACGAGUAUGGAAUCUCCUACGCAAGACCGAGCUCGAAGAUCAAGAUCAAUAGGUUGACGGGUCAAACCACUUCAAGCUCAGGAAUAGCCAUAGGAAGUGAAAUGUCAGGAGGUGUAUCUGACAUCUACAUCAAAGACUUGCAUCUAUUCAACUCCAACACUGGUAUCAGAAUCAAGACUUCUCCUGGACGAGGCGGGUACGUAAGAAACGUUCACGUAUCAAACGUGAAGCUCGAUAAUGUGAAGAAAGCUAUUAGGUUCACUGGUAAGUACGGUGAACAUCCUGAUGGGAACUUUGAUACUAAGGCACUUCCGGCUAUAGAGAAGAUCACUUUUGAGAAUGUUAGUGGUGAAGAUAUCGGUGUUGCGGGUCUUCUUGAAGGUAUAGAAGGAGAUGAGUUCAAGAAUAUAUGUUUCCUUAAUGUUACUCUUACGGUGAAGAAGAACUCGAAGAAAGCUCCAUGGAGAUGCUCUAAUGUUAGAGGCUACUCGCAGUGGGUUUCGCCGGAGAUUACUUGUGAUUCUUUUGAAGAGAGUAUCUUCCCGGAGCAUAGCUCUGAUUGUUUUGGGUUGUCAGAGAAUAAUGUUGAGACGUCGAGUGGUUUAAGUAGAUCACCAUGGUUGCUUUUUUGGUAAGUUAAUGAAGUUUGACCUUUAAAGGGGAAAACACAGUUUGCUUGAGGGUGAAGAAACAUCUUCGUAAACUUUCCUUCAAUUUUUUUCUAUAAGAGGUUUCGUUUUUGUAAGUGUGAUGCUUUAGCUCUUCCUCUCUUCUUUUUUGUUUUUUUUUAUUCUUGUAAAUUUGUGUGCAGUGAGGAACACAAUCAGAGUGGCUUUAAGAGUUUUUCUUUUUAUCUUUUUUUUUUUGUUUUCUUGUUUUUUUGUAUGGGUUUUUAACUUUUAAACGCAUUGGUGAGCAGAACAAGUGUAAUAUAUCUCCUACAUGAGUCUUUGUAACUGAAGUUUUGUUUUCUUAGCAAUUA